UCUGCGGGCGUUCAGGAUGCAGGUGUAAAUGGACAGUGUGGCGACAUACUCACCGACAAACGCUUCAUGCUGGACAUGCUGUAUGCCCAUAACAGAAAGUCUGCUGAUGACGAGGACAAGGAGGAGGGCGGGACCGGGAGGACUGAGCAGGAGGCAGAGGCGGUAGCUAGCCUCGCCGCCAGGAUAUCCACCCUGCAGGCCAAUUCCCAGGCCCAGGAGGAGAGCAUCAGGAGGGUGGACAUGGGCUGCCUGGACAACCGGGGCAGCGUGAAAGCAUUUGCUGAAAAAUUCAACAGUGGGGACCUGGGAAGAGGCUCCAUCUCCCCAGAUGCCGAGUCCAGUGACAAGGUGCCCGAGACAGCACCGGGGCAGCUGAAGACGGAGUCCGAUUACAUCUGGGACCAGCUCAUGGCCAACCCGAGGGAGCUCAGAAUUCAAGACAUGGAUUUCACCGACUUAGGGGAGGAGGAUGACAUUGACGUCCUGGACAUGGACCUGGGUCACAGGGAGGCCCCGGGGCCACCACCGCCNCCCCCACCCACCUUUCUGGGUCUGCCACCCCCGCCCCCUCCACCCCUGUUGGACAGCGUGCCCCCCCCUCCAGUCCCCGCUAAUUUAUUGGCUCCUCCUCCUCCAGUGUUAAAUGCUCCUCAGGGCUUAGGGUGGUCCCAGGUACCCAGGGGUCAGCCCGCAUUCGCUAAGAAAAAGAAGACCAUCCGUUUGUUCUGGAAUGAAGUCCGGCCAUUUGAGUGGCCGUGUAAAAACAACCAACGCUGCAGAGAAUUCCUGUGGUCGAAACUGGAACCCAUUAAGGUGGACACUUCCAGAUUGGAGCACCUGUUUGAGUCUAAAUCCAAGGAACUGUCUGUCACAAAGAAAACUGCUGCAGAUGGGAAAAGGCAGGAGAUCAUUGUUUUGGAUUCCAAGAGGAGCAAUGCUAUCAAUAUUGGUCUGACGGUGCUGCCCCCUCCAAGAACAAUUAAGAUUGCCAUUUUGAAUUUUGAUGAAUAUGCCUUAAACAAAGAAGGAAUUGAGAAAAUUCUAACCAUGAUUCCCACCGAAGAGGAGAAGCAGAAAAUCCAGGAAGCUCAGCUGGCCAACCCCGAAGUGCCCUUGGGCAGCGCAGAGCAGUUCCUCCUGACGUUGUCCUCCAUCAGCGAGCUCUCGGCUCGGCUGCACCUCUGGGCAUUCAAAGUGGAUUAUGAAACUACAGAAAGGGAAGUGGCGGAACCACUUUUGGACCUGAAGGAAGGCAUAGACCAAUUGGAGAACAAUAAAACUUUGGGCUUUAUCCUGUCUACUCUCUUAGCCAUCGGGAACUUUCUAAAUGGAACAAAUGCCAAAGCAUUUGAGUUAAGCUACCUCGAGAAAGUUCCAGAAGUCAAAGACACAGUGCACAAGCAGUCGCUUCUCCAUCAUGUGUGCACCAUGGUGGUGGAAAACUUCCCAGACAGCUCCGAUCUGUACUCGGAGAUCGGGGCCAUCACCAGGUCAGCCAAGGUUGAUUUUGAUCAACUUCAGGAUAAUUUAUGUCAGAUGGAGAGAAGAUGCAAAGCUUCAUGGGAUCACCUCAAGGCAAUUGCAAAACAUGAAAUGAAACCAGUUUUAAAACAACGAAUGUCAGAGUUCCUAAAAGACUGUGUAGAGCGAAUUAUAAUUUUGAAGAUUGUCCAUAGAAGGAUAAUUAACAGAUUCCACUCCUUUCUGCUCUUUAUGGGCCAUCCGCCUUACGCCAUCCGGGAGGUGAACAUAAACAAGUUCUGCAGGAUCAUUAGUGAAUUUGCGCUAGAGUAUCGCACCACCAGAGAAAGGGUUUUGCAGCAGAAACAGAAACGGGCCAACCACAGAGAGAGAAAUAAGACGAGAGGGAAGAUGAUCACUGAUUCUGGCAAGUUCUCUGGCACUUCUCCGGGGCCACCAAGCCAGCCUCAGGGUCUGAGCUAUGCUGAGGACGCAGCUGAGCACGAGAACAUGAAAGCUGUGCUGAAAACCUCUUCCGCCGUGGUAGAGGAUGCCACCCCCGUGCUAGGGGUCCGCACGCGCAGCCGAGUGGCCCGAGGAACCACUAGUUCAUGGACUAUGGGAACUGAUGACUCACCUAACGUCACAGAUGAUGCAGCCGAUGAGAUCAUGGACCGCAUCGUCAAGUCGGCCACCCAAGUGCCCAGUCAGCGAGUGGUGCCGCGGGAGAGGAAGCGAUCCCGGGCCAACCGGAAAUCCCUGCGGAGGACCCUGAAGAGUGGCCUAACUCCAGAAGAAGCCAGAGCCCUGGGCUUGGUGGGCACCUCAGAGUUGCAGCUGUGAUGCUCGCUCGUGGGCUACCCUAAGAAGUAUGCUGAGCAAAGGGAAGCUCUUGCCGGAUGGAACCUCUCCAGCGGGGGAGGGGGGAGACUUGACAUCAUCAUCUGAUGGUUCGGGAAGGGAGCACUCUUUUCAAGGGGUCACCACGAGGCUUGUGUUGCCCAUGACGCAUUGACGUGGAUCUCCAGGAGUCUCCUGCACAUACCUUCUUCAUUGUGUCAGCUGUGUUUCUCUCGAUUCCUUGACACCUGGUUUAUUAGUUCCAAAGUGUGACACCUUUUCUGGGCCAGGAACAGCCCUUUUAAGGAGCAAAUCACUUCUGUCACAGUUAUUAUGGUAAUAUGAGGUAAUUUGAUUAGAUUCACAGACUGGGUCUCCACAACACCAAAAUAUCCAGAUGUAAACUCCAAACUUGUACACAAAGAAAGCACAGAUUGUUUACCAGUUGUGGAUUUUAGAUGUACUAAAUGUUUAUACAAAUUCAUAAAUGUACACCAUGAUUCAAAUACUAAAUAAACAGAGUUUAAUGUCAUAA